AUUUAUUUUACUAAUUUUCAUUUAGACAUUAGACAUUUGACAGAGCUAUGGGUUUAGAAGAAUACAAAGAAGUUGUAGCCACUUGCGCUAUGGUUUCGACGAUGGGUCACAUGCUUUCUGGAACGUUGAUCUGCAAGGACAUUUAUAAAAAAGGAACAUCCAAGGGAUUUGAUGCAAUGCCAUUCAUCGGUGGUAUUGGAAUGUGUAUCAUGAUGCUGCAAUAUGCGUUAAUUGUUAAAGAUCCUAUUAUGAUAAAUAUCAAUCUAUUCGGUAUACUUACAAAUGCUGUAUAUAUGGCCAUAUACUAUUUAUAUUCACCUGAAAAGAUGAAUACACUAUCGGCAUUAGCUAAAGCAACUGCUUUCGUUUCUCUCGUUUUAGGAUAUGCUCAAAUAGAGAGUAAAGAGCACAUUGAAUUUCGAUAUGGAGUUCUAAUCACUGCUUUAUUCUUAAUUUUAGUUGGAUCCCCGCUAAUGCAUUUAGGCACAAUCAUUCAAACGAAAAGUACAGAAAUUCUUCCAUUCCCACUUAUUUUUAUGGGGACACUGGUUUCCUUCCAAUGGCUUAUUUAUGGUUUUAUAUUAAAUGACAAUUUUGUUAUGUUUCAGAAUGGCGUUAGUUUUACUUUGUCUUUGAUACAGUUGUCUUUGUUUGCCAUCUACCCUUCGACUCCAAUCGAUAACAAAGAAAAAUCAAAAAUUAAGUGAAACGAAAAUUCUCAUUUUGAAUUUAUCAGUUACGUUUU